AUGUUAUUGUAAAGAAUAAAGAGAGAAGAGAAGGGAUUAGGAUUAGGUGUUGCUCAGCCGCAGGCAAGGCAUGGCUAUGGGUUUGGUGAGUCUCAACACCACUCACACACCACCGCCUUCUUCUUCUUCUUCUUCUCCCAAACCCUAUUCUUCUUCCAAAUUAAUUGCACCACCUUCCAUCGUUGCCUUUCGCUCUCCCUCUCCUCUUCCGCGCUUCCGGAGACACAUCGUUCGUAUGGCUCCCGACGAGGAGAAGAUGACUCGCCGUUCCCCUCUCGAUUUCCCAAUCGAGUGGGAAAGGCCUAAGCCUGGACGAAGGCCAGAUAUAUUCCCUCAAUUUAGUCCUAUGAAGACACCUUUGCCGCCUCCGUUGCCUGCAGAUCCUCCAGAAGAGGAUGAAGAGGAAGAAGAAAAGAAAGAGGAAGAGGAAGAACCUGAAAAGGAGGAGCCAGAACCUGAUAAGCCCGAAAAGCAAUAGUGUAGUAAAUAAGUAGUCAGUCUUGAUUUUUCCAGUUAUCUUGCUAUGUCAAGCCAUAUACUGUUGCUUGCUGGAGUUUAUGUAAGGGUAUCAUAUGAAUACCUAUAGCAUCAGAAGUUUUAGCUUUCUUCAAAUUUUUCUAGCCGCCCCUUGCACUUAUGAGUUAUAGCUUCAAUCCAUCCCAAAAAAACAAAAAAUAAACAAUUUUGUGCUACGAACACAUUUGUAGGAAGUAAUUUUUUUCUUCACUUAAUCUAUUUUUUUGCACCUA